AUGGACACCUUGCAGUCGCUACAAUGGAGGCCGCCAAAACCAAACUAUCUCCCUCACGAUGUCGAGGUCGAUGAGCCGAUCGUGGAUGUCUACAAGCCCCCGAUCCCCAUGGACAAGGCCAGCGAUAGGGAAAACGCCGAGUACUACGCCCACAUGAAGCGCAUGGCCCACGAAUACAACAUCACCCGCCCCAAGGGAUACACGGUCUCGUACCACUUCAACCCCGACAUGGAGCCUCACCACUUCGGCCUGACACACCCCAUGAAGCCCUUCCGUCUGACCCUCACCAAGAGUCUUGUCACCGCCUACGGCAUGAACUUUGCCAUGGACAACUACAACACCAGGAUAGCCACGUACGAAGAGCUUAACUCGUUCCAUACCAGCGACUAUCUCGACUACCUGCACAUGACACCACCCGAAGAGAUGCCCCGUGAUAUUGACAAUCCCGACAAGGAAGUCAAAUUCAACCUCGGGGGCUCCGACUGUCCCCUCUUCCACGGCCUCUACGACUAUUGUUCCAUGUCUGCCGGCAGCUCCCUGGACGCCGCCCGCAAAAUCUGCAACAAGCAGUCCGACAUUGCCAUUGCCUGGGGCGGCGGUCUUCACCACGCCAAAAAGUCCGAGGCCUCAGGCUUCUGCUACAUCAACGACAUUGUCAUUGCCAUCCUCCAGCUCCUGCGCUGCUAUCCACGAGUGCUCUAUAUCGACAUUGACGUCCAUCACGGUGACGGCGUCGAGGAGGCUUUCCAUAGCACAGACCGUGUCUUGACCUGCUCCUUCCACAAGUACGCCCCCGAGGUCUUCUUCCCCGGCACCGGCGGUCUUGACGACACCGGUCCCAAGUCGGAGCACAAUCCAGGUGCUCACCACGCCAUCAAUGUACCCCUUAACGAUGGCAUUACCGACGAGCAGUAUGGCCACCUCUUCCAGUCCGUCAUUGGCAAGAUCAACGAAAAGUUCCGUCCUUCGGUCAUCGCCCUUCAGUGUGGCGCCGACUCGCUCGCCGGCGACCGCCUGGGAAGGUUCAACCUGCAAGUCCAGGGUCACGGUGCCUGCGCAAAGUUUUGCAAAACCUUCGGCAUCCCCAUGAUCAUGUUCGGCGGCGGUGGCUACACUCCCCGCAAUGUGGCCCGCGCAUGGGCCUAUGAGACAUCGGUGGCCAUCGACGUUGACGAAAAGAUCAACAAGAUUAUUCCCGAGCACACUCCCUGGCGGAAGCACUUUGUCCAGGAGGAGCUCUUUCCCUCUCUAGAGCAGAUUCUGGGUGAACCGCGUGCGAAUAGGAACUCGCAGAAGCGGCUUCAGGAAAUCAUUCAGCAUGUGCAUGAGCAGUUGCGCUUCGUCAACGCCGCCCCCAGCGUGCAGCAGCAGGUGAUUCCGCCAGACCUGGGUGGCAUCCGGGACGAUGUCGAGGACCGCCUCAAAGAGGAAAGCGAAGAGCGGGAUGAAGGGCUCAGACGGGACAGGGAGGAAGGUUUGGGUAUCGGCGGCGAGUUUUAG